AUGGCCGGUCCUAGCAAGUCCAUGAUCUUGGACCCCGCUCUGCAGAAAUAUUACGAGGUUAACGCCAACCGCUACAAGUACUUCCGCUGGACGCCGCGCAAUGCCUGGUUCUCCUUCAUCUUCAUGGCUGUGAUCCCCGGCACGCUGGGCUACCUUACCUACAAGACGGAGGGCAAGUGGGAUCUCCGCGGCAAGCGGAAGGGCGAUACCCUCAGUGAGUGGUAA